AGAGUUGUGGUUCAGACGGCAUCCCGGCCCGCCGGGUGGAAGAAGCGCCUGGAGGGCGCCAUGGCCACAAUUCCUGGCCGUGAGCCCUCAGGGGAGCUCGAGAGCCUAAUCGACGAGAUCCGAAUGGACAAGGGCGCCUCGCUGCCAGUGGACCAGAAGCACAGCGUGGGCGUCCCGCAGCUGCUCCACCAGGUGGAAACUUUGCAGAAGGUCGUGGCUGCCACGUGUGACUCCAUGACGAGACUCAUUUCCAAGCAAGCGGAAGCAUCAAAGGAGCGAGAGAGGGAAACCUCCUGCCUGCACCGCGAGAACAAGCUUCUCAAGUGCCGACUUGCAGAUCUGGAAGGUAAAAACAAUCUUCCCGGAGCAAUGGGCGAGGGUGAUGCAGACCGAGCUGCAGGCGCUGGCACUGAGCCUCAAAUGGGCGUGAACCAGGCAUGGGCGGAGGUACCUGGUCAACCGGAUCCAGGGGUUAGCUCGGCAGGCCUGACGGGCAUUGUGCCGGCUCCAUCUCCUUCGGUUAUGUCCGCAUCAAGACAGCAACAGCUUGGUCAGAAAGAGGAGGACCUUGAUGCCAAGUUCGCAGCUGCUGCGGCCCGGGAGGCAGCUGUCUUUGUCGACGCUGACGCGCUGAAACGACAGCUCAAGCAAAACCUCAGCAAAGAGACGUACGACGUUUCGAUGUUCUACUGGGAGACAGGGAGAUGUCAAAGGAUGGCCAGGUCUUCCUGCUUUGAGAACGUCACGCUUUUCAUGAUAGCAAUAAACUCGAUCUGGAUUUGGAUCGACACCGACCUGAACUCCGCCUCUACCUUGCUAGACGCCGAUGCCGUGUUCAUCAUUGUGGAGAACUCCUUCUGUGUCUACUUUGUCUUUGAGCUGGCGGUCCGCUUCGGCGCAUUCAAGGUCAAGAGGAACUGCUUCAGAGAUGCAUGGUUUAUGUUCGACUCCGUUUUGGUGGCUCUGAUGGUUUUCGAGACUUGGAUUCUCACGAUUGCAGUCGCAGCCAUGGGCUCCGGCGCCAUGAGCAGCCCAAGCUUCCUCAGAGUGCUGCGCCUUUUUCGGCUGACACGAAUGGCCCGCAUGGCGCGGCUGCUGCGGGCAUGCCCAGAGCUUUUUGUGAUGCUGAAAGCAAUAGGAGUCGCAUUUCGAUCAGUGAUGUUCGCGCUGCUGCUGCUUUUGGGUGUGGUCUACGUGUUCGCAAUUUUCUUCACCCAGCUCCUGGAUGGCAAAGCAAAGCAAUCGGGCGACAUCGCCUACGACAAUUUCAGAACGGUGGCCGUCUCAAUGAACACUUUGCUCCUGAACGGGGCGUUGCCAGAUCAAGCAGAUUUGAUCAAUGGGCUUCUGGCCGAGCACUGGUUCUAUUAUGGUCUCAUUCUGAUUUAUCUUUUGCUAGCGUCCUUGACGGUCAUGAACAUGCUGAUCGGUAUUCUUUGUGAAGUCAUUAGCGUCGUGUCUCAUGUGGAGAGUGAGGAGAUGAAGCUGACUGCUGUGAAGUACUCGUUGCAAAGAAUCUUGGAGGAAACGGAAGCAGAUUCAGAUGGCGACAAAAAGCUGAAUCGAGAAGAGCUGGAGCUUUUGCUCGCGAACCCCAAAGCCGUUCGGACGCUAGCUGAUGUGGGAGUCGAUUUGCUGGCUCUCGUUGACUUGAUGGACUUCAUUUUCGAGCAGAACGAGGACCUCACUUUUCCGGAAUUCAUGGACAUCGUGUUGGACCUCAGAGGGGACAACGCUGCCACGGUCAAGGACAUAGUGGAUCUCCGGCGGUUCGUGAGCUCUCAGACCAAAAAGAUCGAGAGGGUUUAUCAAGAGGCAGCAAGCCGACCUACGAAUCCUGCGAUCUCUGUCCUGAAGCCGCCAUCCGUUCCGCAGCCUUCCUUGGAGGAUCACAUCUCCAGGCCGUGAGCUAUAUAGCGCACUUAGUUUCACCAUGGUCCGCUUGAAGCGACGAAGCGACAAACUGCUUUUUGACCGAUGGAAUUUCUAGCUGCGUUUCCCGACGGCUGUUCCUGAGCCAGUCAGUCACGAGUUAGUGAAGAUGCCCGACGAAGGCCGCAAGUGUUGCUGA